AUGGAUGACAGAGACCGAGUUCUGUGCUGGCUGGAGAUGCUCAGGAGGGACACUUUGUUCGAGGACAUGGCCCUCGCAUGUGGACGGUGUGCUGGGACGUUUCACAACGAGUUCAAGGACAUGACGGCGGCCGCGCAGAACAUGCCUAGUCUGCAAGAGGAGAUCCAGUGGCCUGACGCAGCGGAGCGGGCAGCUCAUUGCACUUUCCUUCAAACCUGGGGUCACCCGGAUUUCCCUCGUGUAGCUUACAUCGCCGACGGCACCAUGGUGAACAUGCGGAACCCUGCCAAGGUCGGCAAGGGACAACCAGAGCCUCACGCCCCGGUGCAUCAGGCGAACUACUCCCGUAACAAGGGCCUUGGAACUAGCCAUAUCGUCUACUGCAACGUCAGGGAUAGAGACGGUGGCUGGAGCGAUGGUAUGGGGGACGGUGCUUACCUAGGGAACGCUCGAGCAGACAGCGACUUGCCCAUGUGCGUACCCUACAGGAAGCCGCAACAGGGGGAUCUUUCUAAUGAAGAGAGGCGGUUCAACACAGAGCAGCGCCGUUUCAGGGUCGUGGUAGAGAACACCGUAGGCCAGAUUAAGAAGUGGAAGGCAGUGGGCAAUGGCAAGGCUUUUAGGCACCGACGGGACUUCGAGAAAGACGUCUUCGACGUGUGCGCUAGGCUCACAGCUCGGAUCAUGAGGGUUCGCGACGGGUAUCCGCGCAGCCCGGAGUGGACUGGACGCGUGAAGGAGGCCUGGGAGGUGAAGCUCGGAAUCCACCUCUACUGGGACUACGAGGACCCGAAGAGCUAUCUUGUUNCAGCUCGGAUCAUGAGGGUUCGUGACAGGUAUCCGCGCAGCCCGGAGUGGACUGGACGCGUGAAGGAGGCCUGGGAGGUGAAGCUCGGAAUCCACCUCUACUGGGACUACGAGGACCCGAAAAGCUAUCUUGUCCACAACGAGGGAGAGAACUAUGUGUAUGGCGUCGCGAAUGAAGGAACCGCUCAGCAUCUGCAGCAGUGUUGGGAUAGCAUUUGGGCGCUUGAAAUCUAA